AUGUUCAUUUUUGUUCUUCUUCUUGGCAGUAUAGUGAGCUGCGCGCCCAUUGCGCAAGUGCCGUUGGUUCGUCCAGCCUUGACGACCGAACUGACCAGGGACGUAUUUGUCAAACAGAUCCACUCGCACAACGACUACUGGAGAGAAUAUCCGUGUCUCACUGCUUUGAGCCUCGGAGUCCAGUCGAUCGAGGCUGACGUUUGGGUGUUCCCCGAGCUCAAUGACUCCACUAUGUACGUUGGCCACAAUCGCGCAUCGUUGACGCCGGACAGAACGCUCGAAAAUCUGUAUCUGAACCCUAUUUUGUCGCUCAUCGACGCUUUCAAUCCGGUCAAAGAUGCAACCAAGGAAGCCGGCACUUUUAACGGCGUUUUCGACACAGACUCCGGGGCAACGCUGUAUCUGUUUGUGGACAUGAAGACGGAUGGACUCGCCACAUGGUCGUACGUUUACAACGCUCUGGAGCCGCUAAGAAAGAAAAAUUACCUCACCACCUACAACAGCACCGACGGCACCUGGAAACAGGGUCCGCUUACCGUAAUCGGUACCGGCAACACGCCAUUCGACGAAGUACAGAAGCUGGCUGCCAGAGACGUGUUUUUCGAUGGCGUUCUGGGCGGCCUCCACGAUUCGUUCACAGCCAGCAUAUCGCCAAUAGCGUCAAGCUCGCUCGAAGCGCUGGUGGGCAGGGUGGACAGCAUUGAUGGCCUUAACUCCAGCCAGACGCUGCGGCUCAGCCAGGCCAUCAGCGACGCCCACGCCAAGGGCAUCUAUACGCGGAUAUGGGACACUCCGUGGUGGCCUGUCGAGAAGCAGACAAACGUCUGGCGCCAGAUCCUGCAGGCCGGCUCAGACUUUCUAAACGCGGACGACCUUGAGUACGCAAUCCACUUUCAGUAG